AUGAAAAUUUAUUUUAUAGGAAUAUAAAUAUUUUAUUUAAAGAGAUAAGUUUCGUUCAGCUCAUUGUUUGUUUUGUUAGCAAGAGAAGAUAAGUAUAGUUUCAUUGAAUUUUCUUUAUAGCAAACAAGUAUUUUAUAGCUGUCUGAUGUGAAAACUUUAAUUUUAUGUCUUGAGAAUCCCUAGCAUAUUUUGUAAGAGGUUGAUUGUAGAGAAAGAUAAGAUAUUUCAAAAAGAUUAUUAUUAGAAUCUAUGUAAUAAAAUAAUUUAUUAUCUACAUCAAUGUAUAUUUCUUCUUGCUAGUUUUAGGUUAUUUCUAUAACUCUAAUUGGACGCUAGAGAUUACAUAAGCUAUAAAUCUGCACUAAUCCUUAAAAAUCAUCUAAGGCUCUAUAAAUAAUUAAAAUUCUCAUUUUGCUAUCAAAUUUAAAGCUUUUGAUCUCUGACCUAAAUUAUGUGAAUAAUUGCUCUGUAUUGUAAUUGCUCAGUGAAUUUCUAUAAAAAAGUAUAGAUUUAAUUAUGAAGAUUUUCUUGUUAUUCUUUUCAUAUAUUUAGAUUACUGAAGCAUUACCUUUAUAGUUACCUAUAUAAAUGAUAUCCUUCAAUUCAAAAUCGUGGUUUAUUCUGUUUCUAGAAUGA